UGUGGAGACAUAUGUAUUAUAGAGUAAUGUGUAUAUGUGUAUACGAUAUGCGCGCGCGCAAUUAUGGUAUCAAUGUGGUGUUUUAAUUAAAAAAUAAUGUAUUAAAAUUAUUAAUUAGAAUUAAAUAAGUUAUUAAUUAUACAACAAUGGAGUCUGGAGAAUCUUUUUUAUCAUGUGCGGUAACAGUAGAAUGGACAACACCACAAGGAUCUAUAAUAAGAAAAGUAAAUUAUAAGACUGCAUCUAUUCGUUUAAUUCGAAAUGAAUUUCGCGAAAUGUUUAUGGAAAUAUCAAGCGAAAAACAGACUAAUAUUCGACUAGCACUAAAAAGUAUAAAUGUUUUUAAAAAGUUUAUGGCGGAAGGUAAAGCAAGUAUCAAAUUUCAAGAAGCAGGAUGCACUCUUUUUGUAUCAAAUGCACCACCAAUUAAUUUAGUUUCGUUUUUGAGGACAAUUUUUGUCAAAAUGUCUGGUGACAAGGAUCAAACGGCUAAUAAGACACCAUCCAAACAGACUAUGAGAGCUAAGUUAUUAAGUGGUAAGGCACAAGCUUUUGAAGAUAUAAGUCCUAUAACAGUAGCAGAUAUAUCUAAUGCUAAGAGCAAGAUCAGUAAAGCAACAACAACGACUCCUUCUCCGCCUUCUAAAAAGCGAAAAUUAGAAGACAUCAGCAGAGGUCCUGCACCCAAAAAAUUGUACUCUCCAUCUCCAUUAACAACUACCAGUUCUUUAAAUAAAGAACAACAAAGAGUUUUAGAAGCUUGUCUUAGUGGAAAGAAUAUAUUUUUUACUGGAUCUGCGGGUACUGGGAAAAGUUUCCUUUUAAAAAGAAUAGUUUCUGCCUUACCUCCAGAUGUCACAAUGCCAACAGCAUCUACUGGAGUUGCAGCUUGUCACAUAGGUGGAACAACUCUCCAUGCAUUUGCAGGUAUUGGUGAUGGUAGCGGAACGUUAGAAAAAUUGUGUGAAAAAGCAAUUAAACUACCAUUGGUUGCUCAAAAAUGGAGAAAAUGCAAGCACCUUAUAAUAGAUGAAAUAUCAAUGGUAGAUGGGAUGUAUUUUGAGAAGUUGGAAGCAGUAGCAAGACAUGUUCGAAAGAAUGAUAAGCCAUUUGGGGGUAUUCAGCUUAUUCUAUGCGGAGAUUUCUUACAAUUGCCUCCAGUAGUAGAUAAAGAAAAAUUAGCCAAAAGAUUUUGCUUUCAAACAUCAUGCUGGGAAAAAUGUGUAGAACUUUGUUUUGAAUUAAAAGAAGUCCAUAGGCAAAAAGACGAAGAAUUUAUCUCAAUCCUCAAUAGUAUUAGAAUAGGGCGUGUAACAAAAGAGAUUAAUGAACGCCUUUUACAAACAGCUUCACAAAAAAUCGAAAGUGACGGAAUUCUCGCUACAAGACUUUGUUCUCAUACAAAUGACUCCAAAAUGAUAAAUAAUUCUAAAUUACGAGAUUUAGAUGGUGAGGAAAAGUUAUUUUCCGCACAGGAUAGUGAUAAUGCAACCACACUUCUUGAUAUGCAGACAGUUGCACCUUCAAAACUACUUCUAAAAGUAGGUGCUCAAGUGAUGUUACUUAAGAAUAUAAAUGUAAAUGCAGGCUUAGUUAAUGGUGCCAGGGGUGUUGUAGUUAGAUUUGAGGAAGGUUUGCCUGUUGUUAGAUUUAAAAAUAAAAAAGAAUAUACAGCAAGAACAGAGAGAUGGUAUGUGAAAAAUUCCAAUGGAUCUCUGCUUUGUCGUCGACAAGUACCCUUAAAUUUGGCAUGGGCAUUUUCAAUACACAAAUCACAAGGCUUGACGUUAGAUUGUGUAGAAAUGUCUCUUUCUAAAAUAUUUGAGGCAGGACAGGCAUAUGUAGCUCUAAGUAGAGCACAAAGCUUAGAGACUCUAAGAGUUUUAGAUUUUGAUUCUCGUCAUGUGUGGGCUAAUCCAGAUGUUUUAGAAUUUUACCAGAGAUUUAGACGACGUUUACAGCAAAUGGAACUCAUUCCCCUUGGAAGGCCUUUAACUGACAAGACAAAUAAAAAGAAGACACUUAGACAAAUAUUGGAAAAGCAGCUGAACAGAAAAUGAGACUAAUUUUAU